GCUCAGCAAUGAUUUAUAUACAUUAGCAUACAUUUCAAAAAGUAUAAAUGCAUCAUCAUCAUUUGCCAAAAUCAUAACCAGAUUCAUACCUAGAUUCAUUCAGGUGUGAUCUGAACAAGAUGGUUUACUUGCCUUCAUCGUCAUCAGCAAUGACGACUACAAUGACAUCAACAGAGAAAGAGCAAACAAGUCCAACAAUAUCAGCUCAAACUAGUUACCUUUUUCGUCAACAAUCAAGUAAUAGCAUCAGAAAUUCAAUCAAUAGUGUCAAAUCGAAUACAAGGCAUAGUAUCGGGAAAAGCAUGCAAGAUGGUACGCCAACAAGCAACUCUGACGUAGAGGAAAACGAAAAGUCAAAAUGCUCGGAUGCAAAAGAAGCUUUAUGCAGAAGGAUGGGAGCUAUGUUUUUACGUCACAGAGUGGAGCAAUUGACAGAUGAUGUCGAAAAGAUGCAACAACAAGGCAAAAACACAAGAUGUCCAAUUCAAAACAGAAUGCAAAGAAAGUCAAACGCUUCUUCUAAGAAUGAAUUCGGCCACAUUGGCUCAGCGGAAAGCCUAAGCGUUGCAAAUACCGCCACAACCUCCACUGAUCUGACUACUUUAAAGAGUGGUAGUGAAGAAAAAGUUGCACGAUACGCAGAUGAAAACAGUACCAAGCAGCAAAGACUUAAAGGUCCCUCUUGCAAGAAAACAAAGAUUUCCUCUUUCGUUCCUUCUUGCAAACAGCAACAAAGAGAUGCAACUAACACUUCUCAAAUUGCAUCAGCAGAUCCUACUUUGCCUCCCUCAAAGCCUUCUAGUGCAAUUGUUACACGCAUCAUCAUUGCCGAUGCAAGCUUGCUUAUCUAUUCGUUACGCACCGUACAUGACUAUCUCAAAGCAGGCGAUUGUCAAGUGAUCGUGCCAUGUGAAGCUUUGAGCACGUUGGAUGUUCUCAAGAAAGGUGUACAUACCCUCAAUUGGGCAGCUCGUCGUGCAACGCGUUUCUUGGACGAACGGUUCUCUGUUUGGGAUGAUGGAGGAGAUGACGCAGAAGAAAUGCAAUUUUCCACAAGGGAGAAAAGAGAAGCGUCUAAUUUACGACCAGGACUUUUCCCACAAGGGUUACAGCAACGGUUGAACAUCUUCAAGAAUCAAGUCAAAAAUGAAGAAAUUCUUGCGGAGAAACUUGAUAUCUCGAUUGAAUCUCUCAAAAAAGCGCCUUUGGCAGCAACAAAGACAUUCGAUUGUGCUUUAUACUUUCUUGAAAAGUAUCAAAACAACGAUCAAAUCUCAUGCGCUCUGGCAAUUGCAUUACCACCGCCACAUCUAGAUUUCGAACAAGAAGCAUUGCAUUCUGAAUCCAAUUGCAGUCUUCGCUUUGCUGAAAGGGCAGAUGGUAAUGUGAUGUUGCAAUGGUCAAAAGAAUGCGGUUUAUUGAAAUCUGAAAUCGUACCUUCACCACGUCUGAUCGUUGCGCCUACUGCCGCCAGCUGGCUUACGGUGGCUUCCACAGUUCCAACUUCUGUUGUUGCGUAAGAACUUUACUCAGACCCUAUAAUCUUGUAUAACUAACUAUUCACUCUCAAAUUCUAAGUGAUACCCCGCUCAAGCUUGUAUUUUGCUGUAUUUUACUCUUAUUUAACUUUUAUUAACGAUACCAUAUCUUUCCUUC